AUGGCGUCUACAGUAGAGCUCUCUAGUGAUAAUGAUCCGUCGAAACCAGACAGUUUAUGUGGUCGCGUUGUGACCGAGGAUCCAGAAAUUGAUAACUGGAUUUGGACUAUCGAGUACCUUGCGAAAUUCAAAAAUGAGCUCUGGAUGCUUCAUGAUGUGUUUGAAAUGGGUCCUAAGAUUCCUGAUUAUCUUGGUGAACAUACCAAUGAGAUGGUAGCUUUCAGAUGCUUAGCGUCAUUGUUUGAUUCUUCUACUUCGUUACAAAGUAAAGAAGUUGUUUCUGAUGCUAACUCAAAGAUCGAGUUUGAUUCGUCUGAGAGCUGUGAGUAUGUGCUUCAAUGUAUCUUGGAUGAGAUACCCUUGUCGGAGCUUAAACCAGGUGCACCGGGACUAUCGAAGUGGAAUCUUGUACCGUUUAUCAAAAGCAAGCUCCUUUCCCUGCCAAAAUGUGCUUUGGAACUGAUGAUUGAACCAUCCAGUGAGAAGGAUACUGGAGUAUCGCCUUGUAAUGGUCCAGAGGGUAUGGGAACUGAUGGCAAAGAGACUGGUCAAGUUACAUCUCGAGUGGCAGAUCCAGAACUUAUGGGGAGAGUUGAAGAAGAAAGACAGUCGUUUGGUCAUGGCUCUGGAAAUGGAGCUGAUGAGAUUAGUAGUUCCCAUGCGUCGCUGGAAACAAGAGACGAGGGGUUUCGAGACGAAAGCGAUGGUCAUGUGUCAAUUCUCUCAGAGAAGAGAUACAGAUGCAUUCAGUGCAAAGGAAGCGGGAAGCUGUUGUUUUGCUCUAGCGACGGCUGUACAGUCAUGGUUCAUGAGAGAUGUAUUGUGGAUUCGCCGCCUGUUUACGAUGAUGCUGGCAACUUUUACUGCUCCCUUUGUGCUUUGACCUGUAUGAGAACUGAUGGCAGAGAGACAAAUCAAGUUACGUCACGAAUGUCUGAUCCAGAUCUUACGGGGAGAAUAGAAGAAGACAGACGAUCAUUUGGUCUUGGCCCUGGAGAUGGAACUGAUGAUGAGUCGAUUAGUAGAUCUCACACUUCGCUUGAAAGAAGAGACGAGGUCAUUCCAAACGAAACCGAUGCGUCAAGUCCCUCAGAGAAUAGAUACAGAUGCAUUCAAUGCAAAGAAAGUGGGAAGCUGUUGUUUUGCUCUAGCGAUGGCUGUACAGUCAUGGUUCAUGAGAGUUGUGUUGUGGAUUCGCCGCCUUUGUACGAUGAUGCUGGGAACUUUUACUGCUCUCUCUGUGCUUUGAGCUGUGUUUCAGCUGAGUAUCUCCAGUCCCAAGAGGAAGUUGCUAGAGCAAAGAAGAGACUAGUUUCGUUUCUUAAUCUAAUGUCAGAUGUUAAGAAGAAGAAAUCCACUAAGGAGGGUUCUAGUCUUUUGUAG